AUGGUCGGUUUUGACAUGGAAUGGCCAUGUUUUCCCGGUCAAAACCCUCCAUUGCAGAAAAGGAUCGGGCUGAUACAAGUCGCCACGGAAGACAAAAUUGCUCUGUUCCAUAUUGGAUUACACCCGGGGAAAACCACAGACGAUAUUAUCGCGCCAUCGCUCCGAAAGCUUAUCGAAAGUUCAAAGAUCGCCAAAAUGGGAGUUGGCAUCUUGGGCGCAGAUUUCGCGAGGUUACACCGGUUCUUUAGAUUGAAACCACAAGGCGCAUUUGAGCUAUCACACUUGGAUCGCCUUGUCCGGUUUGCGUAUAUUCCACAUCUCCUUAACACGAAGAUGGUAUCACUUGCAAAUCUUGUGGAGAAUCACCUCGGUUUACCUCUAGCAAAAGGGUCCGUUAGAACAAGCAAUUGGAGUAGACCUCUCAACGACGAACAAAAGAACUAUGCUGCCAGCGACGCCUAUGCGGGUUUCAUGCUGUUUCAUUGCAUGAACGCCAAACGGCUUGCGCUGAACCCUGUACCGACUUUACCCAUCUUUGCAGAACAAUACCCACGAAAAAUAAAAGGUGCCAAGGGAUUUGCGCCCAUUACCACGCUCAUGCUCCAUGCAACAGAAGAAGGUGGGAGCACGGUCGCAGCCAAUGACUUUUUCAGUGUCCCGAAGGACGAGGCCAACGAGGCCAAUCCAGACCAGAAAACAGAUGAAGAGAAGGACGCAGCGAUUAUACCGACUCCCGGAGAGGGCAAGAAGAAGACAAAAAAGACCAUCUCAAAGACUUCCCAGGAACCAUUGGACUCUGUAGCACAGAUUCUAUAUGAUCAACUAGCAGAGCGCCGCAAAACUCUUGCCCAGACCAAUGGAGUACCGGUCUACCUGAUCGCCAACAAUUCCGUUCUUCAUGGCCUCGCAAAAAGAUCACCUCAGAAUGAUGAGGAGCUGCUGAAGGUAAAAGGCAUCGGCAAGGUAUCCGUUGCCAAAUAUGGUGCUGAUUGGCUCGAAAUUAUUGCUCUUCAUCUAGCAGUCCAUGGUCCUGAUAAAACGAUUGAUGCUCUGUCGAAUGCGCCUGCUGAAGCUACACGAACAAGGCCUAGCACACCUAAUCGAACAAUUACGCGGCGACCAAAAGAUACGCAAAGUUCACCAGACUCAUCUCCAGCUUUCGGGUCUCCUAUACAUCGCACGCCAGUUCUGCACACCGGGCUGUCUUUCACCUUAGCAGGAACUACACUAGAUCCAGGCGAUAGUACGGGUGAUAGUCCACGCUAUCCUGCGAUGCGUGGACCAAUUUCCGACCAGCAAUAUGAUGAUAUCGAAGUCCUUGACUUGACCGGCGAUGGGCCGCAAAACCAAAAUUCGGCCAAUGACGCUGGAUUCACUGUAGCCAUCGAUCCAUUACGCAGCGCUUCCACUGGAGCGACACAUGCGGAGAACACUGCUCGUUGGAGUCUUGAAUCGCCCAGCUCUUCGGAAGACUCUUUGGUCUUUAUAACACCACCUUCGCGAUCACCUUCUUAUCUGAAAAGGAAAAGAACAGAUACGCGACCGAACACAGCGACGCCUAGUCAUUCGCGCACUCAACCAAUUGCGACAAGCUCUAGUUUGGAGGCAGCGCCACCACCAGCUCAUGCAUCGACACAACCUGUGCCGCUUAGCCCUCGUUCGAGAAUAUUCCGCAACAAGCUGGUUGCCUUCAGCAAGCUCAUCAACAGAAAGCUCAGUGCAAGCUCGUCGCCUGCGCCAAUAGUCUCUGAGGCCACGCUGGACCACAUUAUCUCUGUCUCGCCCCGUACAGUAGAGGAUUUUAACCGUAUACCGGGGAUUGAGACGUUUGCUCGCGCAUGCCGAGAUGCGGAAAUGGACUUGCUGCGGAACAUAAUCAAGUUUGCGCCUCCUCGAACUUGA